AUGGACACCAGUUGUUUUUCGGAGGAUCAAUUGAUGGUGAGGGACGCCAUCGCCAAGAUCUGCUCGCAAUUCUCCGAUGAAUACUGGGCAGAGCAUGACGAAUCCGGGGAAUAUCCACAUGAGUUGCAUACGGCUCUGGCAAAGGAUGGCUGGAUUGGGAUAGCCCUUCCAGAAGAACUAGGAGGAGCAGGAUUGGGUAUCUCGGAGGCGACAAUGAUGAUGCAGACCAUUGCACAAAGUGGCGCUGGCAUGGCUGGAGCCCAAUCGAUCCACGCAAACGUGUAUGCAACACAACCUGUUGCGAAGUUUGCUACCCCGGAGCAAAGGGAGAGGAUGUUGACUCCGUUAAUCUCGGGCGAAGCGAGGACGUGCUUUGGAGUGACAGAACCAAACACGGGACUGGAGACGCUGAAGCUCCGGACGCAGGCAGUGAGAGACGGUGAUUUCUACCGGGUCUCGGGACAGAAGAUUUGGAUAACCAAUGCCCAGGUGGCAAAGAAGAUGGUCCUGCUGGCACGGACAACGCCCCUGGAGGAGGUGAAAAAGCCCUCGGAAGGAUUGUCGCUCUUCUUCAUUGAUUUCGAUAAAAACGCCCCAGGCUUGGACCUGAGGAAGAUCAAGAAGAUGGGAGGCCGGGCCGUCGAUGCGAACGAGGUGUUUUUCGACAAUUACCUGAUCCCUGCCGACACCCUCAUUGGAGAGGAAGGCCAAGGCUUCAAAAUCCACCCGUUGGCGGACGCCUACAUGAAACUGGAGGCUGCCAAAUUGGCUACCUAUCACGCAGCCAAGCUUUAUGAUGCCAGCCGGACCGACAAAUCCAUCUCGCCGCAGACUGUGGGUGUGGCGUGCAACUCAGCCAAGUAUCUGGCGGCAGAAGCAGCGUUCACGGCAUGUGAGAGGGCGGUUCUCUCCCACGGAGGUAUGGGCUAUGCCCAGGAAUACCACGUGGAACGUUAUCUGCGCGAGUGCUUCGUUCCUCGAAUCGCACCGGUCAGCCGGUUGACGGUGCCUUCUGGCAGCAACUUGAUACAAGAGCUAACUAGAAAUAUAUAUAAGCUGGGCUGGGCGGGUUGA